UAAUGACGAUGGAGUUAAAAACAUGCAAAAAGUUAUAUUUUCAGAAAUUUCAAAAAAUUUACUUUCGCAAAAAGUCUUAGAUUCAUAUUGUGCAAAUCGACAAUGGCUCCAAAAAUUGCUAUCGGAUUUUAAAUUGAAAAAUGUGGAUACAGGUACAAAUUCACCCAUAGUGCUCUUGUACGGAUCUGUGGUGUCAGGAACAUCAUUUGCUCAGGGUGAUGCAGACUUCGCUGUUGCUUUCCCAAAAUAUACAACAGAAUUAUGCUCGUCAAAUAAGGGUUCUUUCCACGAAAUCAACCAUGAUGAUCAAGUGCUAGUUCUGUCGGAUAUUCUUGAGCAUGUAAGGGAAAAAUGGUCUUUUGAGUACUCAAAGCCUCAUCGUGUUUUCCUUGCUCGCGUCCCUAUUAUUGAAUACGUAAAAAAAAUGAAUGGGGAAAAUUUUAAAUUUGACUUAUCCUUAUCACUUUACGGUGUCAUGAAUUCGUUACUUGUUCGGAGAUAUAUGGAAAUCGAACCUCGACUCCAUUUAGGAGCGUUAUGCGUGAAGCAUUGGGGGAAGAAGAUGAAAUUGAUAAAUCCAAGAAAUGGAUGGAUAUCUGCAUAUUCGCUUACAAUACUGUAUAUAUUUUUUAUGAUUCGUACGGGUCGCAUAAACGAUUUUAUUGAUGAAUCUGAAGUUCAAGCAAAAAUUCAAACUUUAACCAUUAAUUCACAUCAUUCCGAAAACGAACUCAAUUCAAUUCCGGAGUUUACAACAGUGUUACCUUUACAGGAAUGUGAUGUUGAUACAGUUAUACAUGAUAUUUUUGAUUUUUUCCGUUUUUAUGGAGAUACCUCCUUUUUUAAUUUUGACGUAAACGUCGUGGAUAUUCGAAAAAAUGACACUCUACAAAAUAAAGACGAAUGGCUAAGUAAGCUAGACAAAACGAAUGCCAAAGAACGUUGGGACCUGCUUGGUUAUGAAAAUAUAAUGAUACGGGACCCAUUUGAAGAACAUAACUUAGCUCGCAGUGUUGAAUUUUUUAGAGGAGAGACAAUUCGUGAAGCGUUUAGGACAUCGUUUUCUAAAAAAGAUCCUCUAAAAUUUUUGUACGAUAUUGUACGUUGAAGCGAUGUCCUUCUACUUGACGGAAUAUAAAUAUUAUUAUUAUACCGAUAGAUAUA